AUGCAACCGAGUAACAGUGUUACAGAAUUUGUCCUCCUGGGCCUCUCUCAGGAUCCUGAUGUGGAAAAAGCAUUAUUUGUCAUGUUUUUACUCACAUACAAUGUGACUAUGGUGGGGAGCCUGCUCAUUGUGGUGACUGUUAUUGCCAUCCCCUCCUUGAGCUCCCCAAUGUAUUUCUUCCUUGCCUGCCUGUCAUUUAUCGAUGCUGUAUAUUCCACUUCCUUUUCCCCUAAGUUGAUGAUAGACUUACUCUGUGGUAAAAAGACUAUUUCCUUCCCAGCUUGUGUGGGCCAGCUAUUUAUAAACCACCUAUUUGGUGGUGUUGAGGUCUUUCUUUUGGUGGGUAUGGCCUGUGAUCACUACAUGGCCGUCUGUAAGCCACUGCGCUAUUUGACCAUCGUGAAUCGGCAGAUUUGCAUCCUUCUGUGGGUAGUGGCCAUGACUGGAGGUUUUUUGCAUUCUGUGUUUCAAAUUGUUGUUGUGUGCAGUCUCCCUUUCUGUGGCCCCAAUGUCAUUGACCGCUUUGUCUGCGACAUGUACCCAUUGUUGGAACUGGCGUGCACUGACACCUACUUUAUAGGCCUCACUGUGAUUGCCAGUGGUGGAGCAACCUGUAUGGUCAUCUUCACCCUUCUACUAAUCUCCUAUGGUGUCAUCCUAAACUCCCUUAAAACUUACAGUCGGGAAGGAAGGCGUAAAUCCCUGUCUACCUGCAUCCACAUUACUGUGGUUGUCCUCUUUUUUGUUCCCUGUAUUUUCAUGUAUGUUAGACCUGUUUCCAACUUUCCUAUUGAUAAAUUCAUGACUGUGUUUUAUACAGUUGUCACACCCAUGUUGAAUCCAUUAACAUACACACUGAGAAAUUUACAGAUGAGAAUUGCUAUGAAAAAACUCUGUGUAAAAACUUAA